UGUACAAGGGAGACCGAAUCAGUCAGCAGUUUCUGAAGGAGGAAUCAGCAAUGACCUGCGGGUCUUCUCUGCUGAAUGCAGAGGCAGGUGUUGUACAUAUACAGAGGAAAGCUAGUAGGAGAUGUGAGUUGGUCUGUUAAUGGCGUUCCCAAAGGAAUCAUUAAACGGUCUCUAGGUCAUGUGCCCAUCAUGGUCAAAUCAAAACUCUGCAACCUUUAUGGUCUCUCAGCCAAAGAACUCAUCGAGCAUCACGAAGAAGCGGAGGUAAAAAAAAAAAAAUUGCACAUCACGCCACAUACGCCACAAUCUUGGACAAAAUGACACUUAGUCUUGAAGUACUGGUAGGAAAUGGGCGGCUAUUUUAUCGUUAACGGCAUAGAGAAGGUGAUUCGUCUUCUGAUCAUGCAGAGGAGGAACUAUCCCAUUGCAGUAUCAAGACCAAAGUUUAAGAGCAGAGGACAGGGCUACACUCAGUGCAGUAUUUCGAUGUGCUGUGUAAGGGAUGAACACACAGCCAUUAAUAUGAAUCUUCACUACCUGGACAAUGGAACGGUGAUGGUGAAUUUCAUUUACAGGAAGGAGCUGUUCUUUCUUCCCUUGGGCUUUGCACUGAAGGUGUAUUUGAACGUGGGCAUCUUCGAGGAAGAGCUAGAGCAGGGAGUGACCACACAUCAAGAGCUGUUUCCUCACAGCAUGCUGAGUGUGGUGGCAGAAUUCAUCCCUUUCUCUGAUCACAAUCAGAGUCCUUAAAACCUGUACCAGUGCCAGAUGAGUAAACAGACAAUGGGCUUCCCGCUGCAUUCGUACCAGGACCGAUCUGACAAUAAACUGUACCAUCUGCAGACCCCUCAGAGUCCUCUGGUCAGACCUGCGAUGUACGACCACUACGACAUGGAUAAUUACCCUAUUGGCACCAAUGCGAUAGUGGCUGUCAUUUUUUACAUUGGCUAUGAUAUGGAAGAUGCUAUGAUCGUCAAUAAGUCUUCAUGGGAACGUGGCUUUGCUCAUGGUUCGGUUUAUAAGACUGAGCUCAUAGAUCUGUCUGAGAAGGUCAAAGGUGAUGACAGCAUUGUGUUUGGGGUGAAGCCAGGUGACCCCAAAGUAAUGGACAGACUGGAUGCAGACGGAUUGCCGUUUAUCGGCUCCGUGCUGAAGUAUGGAGACCCUUACUACAGCUACAUCAAUCUAAAUACCGGCCAGAGUUAUGUGAACUUCUACAAGACAUCACUUUAUUUAUUUAUUUUUUUUUGUCAUAAUUUUUGUCAUGUUUUGACAAUAAAAAUAACCUUUCAAUUUAGUCAUCACAUUUAUCAAUUUUACUCUAAUAAUUUUUGUAUUACUAUAAUAUUUAUUAAAGGGGUCAUAUGAU